UUUGGCUAAAGUUGGCUUUACUCUACAUAUUUUGACAUUCUAUAAUCUAAAUUGUAUUAAUCGUAAAAACACACACCGUUUAUACAUAAUGACUGGUUUUCUUGGUAUUAUAAAUAAUUGAUAUGUAGCAUGCAGUCACCGGAAACACAGCAACAAACGCUUCGCUCCCACGCUUUGGCAAACUUGAAAAGAACUCUAGGAAAUCGGUUUUAUUUGAAGUAGUGUGAACACGAUUUAUUUUGUAAGGUAUUAAGUCAUGGAUCAUAAGAUGACAGGAAAUUUGGACGUCCCAACAAACAUCGAAAAAGCUCUAGAGGAACGCGGGUUUCACGUCCGUAAUAAUAAGCUUGGGAAAGGUGCCUAUGGAGAGGUAUUAAAAGCAAAAUGUCGAGAUGAUGGCAAAUUAUAUGCCAUUAAAAUUCUCCUUCUUUCCAAUGGGGAAAGCACGAAAUAUCAUAAGCGAGAACUAGAGCUACUUACAAAAUUGGAACUGUCGGAACGAAAUGUUAUCAAAUAUUUUAAGAGUUGGAUAAUGCAAGAUGAUGACGUACAACGACUGUGUAUUCAAAUGGAGUUGUGUUGGGUAAAUUUAGAAAAAUUUAUCUAUGAGAAUGACAUGGGUGGCGCGGAAAUCAUCAAAUCUGAAGGUCCUCCACGGUUUUACCAACAAGUUUUCCCACAGAUUUUGAAUGGCUUAAGUGUUAUCCACUCAAUGUACUGGGUACAUCGCGACAUUCACCUCGGUAAUAUCCUCAUAGUAAAUCCAAAUCCACAACGAAUCGAUGAUAUUCAUGUAAAGAUCGCUGAUUUUGGACUUGCAAGGUAUAUUGGAAUGGAAUUUGAAAAGUCUGCUAGGCUGACAGUUGUCCCAACACUCGAGAAACUAUCGCCAGGUGUAGGGAAUGAGCUAUUCAGGGCGCCAGAACUUUCAACAAACAAAUACGACUUCAAGGUAGACGUUUACAGUUCUGGCAUAGUGUUGUAUUUACUUGACUGUUACCUCCCGAACAAGAAUCAAUUGAGAGACGAGAUUUUGGCAUUGCGAGAAGGAAAACGCAAUGCUGUACAUCUAUAUCAUAAGGACGACCAAAGAUUAAUCAACUUGAUUGAGCAGCUACUCGAGAAGGAAUCGACCAGAAGACCGACGGCGGCUGAGGCUUCACAAUACAUGCAACGCGAGACUGACCACGGAAGCGAGACCCCUAGUGAACCAACAACAAAGAAGUUUCUCGCGGUGAAGAAACGUGGCGAUGACACUUUGUAUCGAUGCUCUUCGAGUGAUACCUUAUCAGGUAUGCAAGAUGCAAUCUAGGGACAUCGUUGUAUCGGCAUCGAGAAAGAUGCUCAGAUCCUAGAGCAAGAGCAAACUAUUGAGAGCGAAAAGAGAUUGGUGGGAAUAACGUCUGACAAAGAUGUUCGUGAGAUGUUCCAGAGUGCUGAGGAGCAGGGGAAAAAAGUGAUCAUUGUUGUGUCAGAGGAAAGCAACGACAACGUGGCGUUGUAACUUUACUGAACUUUAAAUAUUUUAUUUUUUAUUUUUAUUUCUCAAGGGUAUAUACAAAAGGUUAAUUUAUUUAAAUUUGCAACGUUUCGGACAUUU